AUAUGUACUACGUACCUGGUCUCUUGGGGUUCAAUUACGAGAAUCAAUUAUACCGGAUUAGAUGGAAGAUCAUGAGUACGUGCUUGUGGUGCGUUCAUUGACCAGGACCUGGAUAUGUGGUGGAUUCUGACUAUAUGAGGCUAUCUGCGGAACUAGCUAAGGCCACUGAAGUACUAGUGGACCUCAGGACCACCAACUAUCACCUAAGUAUAUUAUGUUGACGAUUUCCAAAGUGACUAGAUACAUGCUAACGAUCACUGGAGCAGCUGGUCUUCGUCUGAUGGCUGCCGGCUUCUGGUUUCCAUUGUUUCAAUCAUAUAGACUAGCAGACGCCAAAUCUUCUGCGCAUUACCUUCUUUCCAAUGGAAAGGUUUCGUGGAGUACUGGAAACCUAGUCAGUCACGGAUUAAGCGUGGGUGCAGCGUGUAUGCGUGGCGGAGCAUAUCCUCAAUUGUCUGGUUCGUGCGCUUUGUUUGACCAUCAGUCUGGGGGUGCCAGGCGGUUGAAUAUAACCACGAGACAUUGAGUUUCUUGAAAUGCCUUUCCAGAAUGCACUCAUAAAACG